AUGGUUAAACAGUGGGAGAUUCUUGAGAGUAAAAAUCGAUUUUAUUGCGAUGGGCGGUGUUUAACUGGUCGUGAUAUUGGUGUAUUUAUUUUUGCACUUAUUUUAAUUACCAUUACAUCGGGAUUAUUUUUUGGUUUCGAUUGUCCAUAUUUAACCUACCGACUUAGCCCAGCUGUGCCAGUUUUUGCUGCUAUUUUAUUUCUAAGUGUUAUCUGUUUUAUUUUUCGUACUGCUUGUUCAGAUCCUGGUAUUCUUCCACGAGCUACACCUGAUGAAGUACUCUACCUUGAAAGAUCAAAUAUUACAAGUAGUCCACAAAGUGUUGCAUUACCCGGUCGUACAAUCGAAGUUCAAAUGCAUACAGGACAUGUGAUACAAUUAAAAUUUUGUUCAACCUGUAAAAUAUUUCGACCACCACGUGUAUCACAUUGUUCUUUAUGUGAUGCAUGUAUUGCAAAUUUUGAUCAUCAUUGUCCAUGGGUUGGAAAUUGUGUUGGCCUACGAAAUUAUCGAUAUUUUUAUUCAUUCUUAAUGUCAUUAUCAUUUCUUUGUAUUUAUAUAUUAGCAUUUAAUAUUAUAAAUAUUGUUUUACGAGCUCAAGAUAAACCAUCAUUUGCUGAUGCAAUUCGCGAUACACCAGCAACAAUAGUUGAAGCGUUAAUUUGUUUUUUUUCAAUAUGGUCCGUUCUUGGUCUUUGGGGAUAUCAUACUUAUCUAAUUUGUCGUAGUGUAACAACAAAUGAAGAUAUCAAAGAUACAUGGAAUACAUCACGUCGUGGUGCUCAUAUGAAAAAUCCGUUUUCAAGAGGAAAUCCAUGUUUAAAUUGUUUUGCAGCAUUAUGUGGACCAUUGCCACCAAGUUUUCUUAAUUUACGAGCUAUAGUUACACCCGAUAAUAAUAAUAUAAAUAUGUCACCAACUAGAAUGAUGAAUACUAUAAAUAUAGAUGAAACAAGACAAUAUCAACUUGAUGAUAAUAAUUAUCAGAGGCAUUCAUCUCCAGUACCUCCACAUUCUGAUCGACAACAAAAUCGUUAUCCUUCAUAUGACUAUGUAUGA